AUGGGCAACGAGAACACGAGAACAUCGCUCGAGGCAGUGGCGCCAGGGGUGUCACCGAUGGCAAAAGCUGACCAUGCAGCUGAGAAGCUGAACAUGGAGGAAGCUGAGGUCAGUCAAUAUGUUGUUGGAACCGUCGAGACCCCGCCGCGAUUUAAAGUCCUCGGUCUCAGUCUCUUCCCCUAUAGUCAUCCCAGAGUCCAAGCAUGCCUUCUGGGUCUUGUACUCUUCAUGACUGUGGGAAUGUACAAUGUCUUGACAUUUCUGGGCGGCGCAGGACAGCAGACAGCCUACCUGUCCGACAUCUCAAACAUCGCCCUGUACACAGUGUUCAGUGUUCUUUGCCUGAUCGCACCAGCCUGUCUCAAUUACUUCGGAUUACGUCCAACCCUUUGCUUCGGCGGCCUUGGCUAUGCUGCUUAUGCCGCCAGUCUGUGGUGCUACAACUACACAGGAAAUGUGCCCUUCGUUGUCUUUGGUGGUUGCUGGUGUGGGCUCUCUGCAGCUUUCCUCUGGACUGCCGAAGGUGCGGCUCUCACCUCGUUUGCCUCGGAAGAUAAGAAGGGAUUAUACGUUUCGAUCGUCUGGUCAAUUUAUCAAUUCGGUCUCGUCAUAGGUGCCGCUAUACCUGUUGCCCAGAACUGGGACGCGGGAGACGGUAAUGGUAGCCGAGUCAAUAACGGCACUUAUAUUGGUCUCAUGAUUCUGAUGCUUGCUGGUGCAUGCCUCGGGGCAGCGUUAUAUCCCUGGCACAAGAUCAUCCGCGAGGACGGGACCCGAGUCACCCUGGAGCGCCAGAAAACAUUUAUGGAAGAGGUGCAUGCUUCUGCCCAGGUUAUAUCACGAAACCGGUGGAUCGUCUUCUUCUUUCCAAUGUGCUGGGCCGUCAAUUUCUUCGGCGUCUAUCAAAACAACGACUUUAACGGAGUGGUUUUCACUGUCCGCGGCCGCGCUCUCAACACUUUCUUGUCUGGCGUUGCUCAGGUCUUCGCACCCUGGAUCACCUACCUGUUUACAGACAGGUUACCCAUGGCCCGGCGCAAGCGAGCUUUUUGGUCUCUUGUCUAUGUUUUUAUAAUCAUCAAUGCUAUCUGGAUUGGUGGUUACUUUGGUAUGAAGGAGACAAGACUAGGCCUUGACGAGGCGCAACGACUGGAUGUCUUUGACCACAAUUACGGAUGGUGGUGCCUUUUGUUCGUCAUGUAUGGGUUUACUGACGCGACCUACAACUGUUACGCUUACUGGUUUAUCGGAGCACUCAGCAACGAUCCUGCUGAGCUUUCCGUGUAUGCUGCGCUGUACCGCCUCCUUAAUGCACUUUGCAUGGUUGUCGGGUACUCUCUGGACUACACUGGAUAUUCCAAAGAGUUCAUGUUUGGCUGCUCAUGGGCGUUCCUUGCUUUUGGCAUGCUGAGUGUCCUUCCAAUCAUCAGGUACUGGUUGAAGGACACAAAUAUGAUCGAGAUUCCGACCGAUAGCUCCGCCACCGAGGUGUACAGUGAUGUUAAGGUCUAG